CGGGUGAGUGUCCGGGAGGGUCCAUGUGGGGGGCGCUGCGGGGGGAGGCGCUGCGGGCGGCCGGGGCCCUGCGCGCCGCUGCUUUCCGCUCCAUGGCGGUCGAGGGGCCAGCCCGGGGCUCCGCCAGCACCGCCGGCAUCAUCGUCAUCGGCGACGAGAUCCUCAAGGGCCACACUCAGGACACCAACUCCUUCUUCAUGUGUCGGCGGCUGCGCGCCCUAGGCGUGAAGGUGGCCCGGAUCUCGGUGGUGCCCGACGAGGUGGAGGCCAUCGCUAGCGAGGUGGCCGCCUUCGCCGCCCGCUUCACCUUCGUGCUCACCUCGGGCGGCAUCGGCCCCACGCACGACGACGUGACCUUCGAGGCCGUGGCCAAGGCCUUCGAGGAGAAUGUCGUCCCCCACCCCGAGCUGGUGGCCCUGGUGCACAAGUUCUUCGGCAGGACAGAGGCGCAGUGCCCUGAGAUGAAGCUGGCCCGGGUCCCCGAGUCCGCACGCCUCAACUAUGGCACGGAUGGCCGCGGCAGCGCCUUCGACUACCCGCUGGUCAGCGUGCGCAACGUGUACAUCUUCCCGGGCAUCCCGGCGCUGAUGGAACGUGCCCUGGACGGCCUUGCUCACGUGUUCCGCAGUGAGCGGACCCGAUUCCACUCCCGCGCCGUCUACGUGGCAGCCGACGAGCUCCUCAUCGUACCCGUGCUGGACCAGGCCCAUGCUGCUUUCCAGGGCCGCGUCAGCCUGGGCUCCUACCCGGACUGGGCCAGCAACUACUACCGCGUGAAGCUGACACUGGACUCUGAGUCGGAGCAGGACCUGGAGGAGGCGUAUGGCUUCUUGAUGAGGCAGUUGCCACCGGGUGUUGCUGUGCCACUGGUGACAGACUGCGUUUCUCGGGCGUCUACGGAAGUUUAUAGCCUGGCAGAGUCAGGCUCGGCCCUUGGGCAGAAGGUGGCAGCAGCCCUACAAACCAUUGAGGAGGCUUUGGACCAGUACAGCCUGGCCCAGCUCUGCGUGGGCUUCAACGGGGGCAAGGACUGCACGGCCCUGCUGCACCUUGUCCACGCUGCUGUGCAGAGGCGGUUCCCGGUGAGGCAGGAGAGGCUGCAAGUGCUCUACAUCCGCAUCGUGUCCCCCUUCCCUGAAAUGGAGCAGUUCAUCCAGGCCACUGUCCAGAGGUACGAUGUCCAGCUCUGUACUGUGGAGGGCUCCAUCCGGGAGGCCCUGGCCCACCUAAAGGAGCAGCAGCCACAGCUGGAGGCCGUCCUGAUGGGAACGCGGCGGACAGACCCCUACUCAUGCACCCUGACCCCUAUGUGCAUGACAGACCCUGACUGGCCCCAGUACAUGCGGGUGAACCCCUUGCUGGACUGGACCUACCGGGACAUCUGGGAGUUCCUGCGCAAGCUCUUUGUUCCCUACUGCAUCCUCUAUGACAAGGGCUACACCUCCCUGGGGAGCAUGGCCAACACGCGCAAGAACCCAGCGCUGCGCUGCACCGACGCCUGGGGCCGGGAGAGCUACCGGCCUGCCUACGAGCUGGAGAACGAGGAAGAGGAGCGCACCUCCCGGCUGUGAAGGCCAUGCUCUGGGAGGCUCCUCUGGAAAGCUGCCGGGAAUGACACUGAAUAAACCUGCUGCCUGUCAGCACUGAAUAAACCUGCUGUGGUCUGC